CCAGAUAUUGAAGCCCAUUUAUGCUACUUACGGAUCUAUGAUUUCGGCCCAAAUUCAGGCCCGCUAACUUCAUCCCAAAUUAGGGCCAUUUUUGGAGAUUAGUUUCCAAAACGGAGGAGAAAAAGAAGUAGUGAAAAUGGCGGAUUCAGAAAACGAGUCGAUAGAAUCGGCAUCCAGCGAAAUUUCGAGGGAAUUUAGAACCCUAAUUGAUUCGCAAGAUUUAGAUUCGAUCAAACAAUCACAAAAUCUCAUAUUGGGGAGAUUGCAAGACAGCAAUGCAGUGUUGUCCCACUUCAACGAGUAUUCGGAGAAUUGCUUCACGGAAGUGCAUGCUGAUUUUGUGAAGAAUACGCGCCUCUUGCGAUCCAUGAAAUCGGACCUAGAUUAUGUCUUUCAGAAGCUAAGGAGCCUGAAGAACAAGAUUGCGGCAAGCUAUCCGGAUGCUUUUCCUGAUAACUCAGCAAUUGAAGCUCUUGAUCAAAGACCGGAUCUCGAGUUGCCUAGGGAUAGCUAGAAAUGCUUUUCCCCCCUCCCCUUUUCUUCUAUUCCAAAAUUCACUGCACACAGCUUCUCUUAGUAUUCAUUGUUUCUUCAACUCAUGCCACUCUGUGUAAAUUGUGCUGUGGUAUAACUGUUUCUUCAGAAGUACUAUAAUUGUGUGAAAGGGUGAAUUAAUUACUGCUAGCAAUCUUGAAAAGUUACCAUUA